AUGAAGUGGAGGCUCGCUUCCGAUGUCUUAUGGAAUAAGAAUGUGCCGGUGAGACUUAAAGGUAAGUUCUACAAGGUUGUAGUUAAACCGACGUUGUUGUAUGGAACAGAGUAUUGGCCGGUCAAGAACUCUCAUACCCAUAAGCUAAAAGUAGAUGAGAUGAGGAUAUUGAGGUGGAUAUGUGGGCAUGCCUGGUUGGAUAAGAUUGGGAAUGAAGUUAUUCGGGAAAAGGUGGGAGUGACCCCCAUGGAGGAUAAGAUGUGGGAGGCGAGGUUGAGAUGGUUCGGACAUGUUAAGAGGACAAGUAUAGAAGCCCCAGUUAGAAGGUGCGAGCGGUUAGCCUCGGUGGGCAGCAUGAGGGGUAGAGGUAGGCCUAAGAAGUCUUGGGGAGAGGUUAUUAGAUGGGACAUGGCGCAACUGGAGCUGACUGAGAACAUGGGCCUAAACAGGAGAGUGUUGAGCCGUUAUCUAGCCGGGGAUCUAUCGGAACAGCCUCCCUGCCCUUUCAGGGGUAGGGGUAGGG